UAUGGUCGACUUAGCAACACUCGAUGAGAAACUGGAGGAACAGAAAAGAAUAAUGGAAGAAUCGAACAUACAGAAUAGGGUUGCGAUGGAAGCAAUGAACAUGCAGAAUAGAGCUGCGAUGGAAGCAAGAAUGGACCAACUCGUCCAACUAGUCAACUCUAUCAAGUCUAAUUCACCUAAUUUUCCGUCGAAUUCUGGAGAUGCCCCAGAAAUGGAACCUUUUCCAACGGCCGAAGAACAAAAUGGCGGAAGUUCGCAGGUUCGAAAUAUUUUGAAUCUAAUUCAGGAAACCGAAAGUUCGAAACGAUACGACCCUAGGAUUGAAAGCUUAAAGCAUAAAAAGGUUACGACAAUUUGCUAA